AUGAGUCUCCGAACAGCGAUGUGCCUCCCGCGGAGGGUGACUCGCCUCCAUACGUCCGCGGUGGAUCUCCGACGCUGGCCGUCUACCCGAGCUUUCUCCACGACUAUGCACCGGGACGCAACGUGGGGUUUUGUUGGGUUGGGACAAAUGGGGUACAAUAUGGCCAAAAACCUGCGCGCCAAGAUUCCCGUAUCCGACACCUUGAUCAUCCGGGAUGUAAACGAAGAGGCCAUGAAACGGUUUGCCGCUGAGGCUCAGGAGGCCGCUCGAAGCAACGGUGCAGGCGCCCAUGAAGGCCAAGUCGAGAUUGCUGCAAGUGCGCGCGAAGUCGCCGAAAAAUCGGCGGUGAUGGUGACGAGCCUUCCGGAAUCUCAACAUGUCAUCGAUGUGUACCAAUCCAUUCUCAAAAAUGGCCCGUUACCCCAGCUCGAGCAGGAGCGUCUGUUUAUUGAUACAUCAACCAUUGACCCAGUUACAUCCAAGGAUAUCGCGAAUGCAAUCCACACCACACAAACCGGCCACUUUGUGGACGCCCCUGUAUCCGGGGGCGUGGUUGGUGCCAGGGCAGGGACGUUGUCAUUCAUGUUUGGCGCUUCUUCGCAAUCAAGCGAGCUGCUUGAGCGCAUCCGCGGCGUUCUUGCUUUGAUGGGCAAGAAGUUCUGGCAUCUCGGUGAACCCGGUGCUGGUGUGUCCGGCAAACUGGCAAACAACUACAUCUUGGCACUGAACAACAUCGCUACUGCCGAGGCUAUGAACUUGGGUGUCCGCUGGGGACUCGACCCUAAGGCAUUGGCGGACAUGAUCAACUCGUCUACCGGUCGUUGCUGGCCGUCUGAGGUCAACAACCCUGUUCCCGGUGUUGUUGAGACGUCACCCGCGUCUCGCGGCUAUGAGGGCGGAUUUGGGGUCAGCUUGAUGCACAAGGAUCUACGCCUGGCUAUUGCUGCCGCGGAACAAUCUGACACUCCUCUUGUCCUCGGCACCCAUGCUCGUGAAGUCUACAAGGCCGUGGAAGACGGACACCGCGGAAAGGAUUUCUCGGUGGUCUAUAAGUGGCUGCAAGAGAAAUCCCAAUAA